GUGGGCGCGGGAGGGGGGCAGAUGCGCCAGAGCCCCGGCCCCGCCAUGACCCCAAGCCACAGCUCCUCCAGCCCUACCCUUGUCCCCCUGCUGCUGGCCGCGCUGCUGGGCGGCCCAGCCCUGGCCUCGGAGAUUGUGGGGGGCCGCGCGGCCCGGCCCCACGCAUGGCCCUUCAUGGUGUCCCUACAGCGGCGUGGAGGCCACUUCUGCGGGGCUACCCUCAUCGCUCCCAACUUCGUCAUGUCGGCUGCCCACUGCGUGGACGGUCUGGACUUCCGGUCGGUGGUGGUGGUUCUGGGGGCUCAUGACCUGGGGCAGCGAGAGCCCACGAGGCAAUCCUUCGCCAUCCGGCGGGUCUUCGAAAGCGGCUUCGACCCGCAGAGGCUGCUGAAUGACAUCGUGAUCCUCCAGCUCAACGGGUCGGCCACCAUCAACAGGAACGUGCGGUUGGCCAGGCUGCCUGCCCAGAAUCAAGGCGUGGGCAGUGGGGUCCCGUGCCUGGCCAUGGGCUGGGGCCAGCUGGGCACGGCCCGGCCACUGGCCAGGGUCCUGCAGGAGCUCAAUGUGACCGUGGUGACCACACUCUGUCGCCGUACCAACGUGUGCACGCUGGUGCCCCGCCGGCAGGCUGGCAUCUGCUUUGGGGACUCCGGCGGGCCCCUGGUUUGCAACGGGCUCGUCCAGGGCAUCGACUCCUUCAUCCGCGGGGGCUGUGGCUCCGGGAUCUACCCAGACGCCUUUGCUCCCGUCGCCCAAUUUGCAGACUGGAUAAACUCCAUCAUCCGCCGCCGGGACGACCUGCCGCCCGUCCACCCACGGGACCCGGCUGGCAGGACCAUCUAGAAGGGCUGCCCCAGGCCGGGCCCGGCCCGCACGCCCCCUUCGCACCACACACAAUAAACCCUCUCUGUUUUGUACGAAC